AUGGCCGUUGACACAAGUUACUUGACCACCCAGGUCAACAAUAUCGUUGAGCAGCUGCAUGGCAUUUUCGAUGAAAUUGGCGUCCCCGCUCAUGAGCGCGAGUCCCGCGAAGCAGGGCUUUUCAGCGCUCUGUCAGAAACAUUAAAUAACCAUCUCAAACUUGUUGAUGAAGAAAAAGAGCAGAUGACACAGGAAGCCCAGCGCCUCAUAACAACCAUUCAACAACUAGAGGCGUCCUUGGGAGAUGAACAAGCUAAUGGACAAUACGAGCUGAGUCGCGAUGAUCUUCGCAUCACCUAUCCGCUUAACCGGUGUAUUGCCUUCCUGCGCGAGAAGAACGACGCCAUGAGCAAACUGCACCGGGAGCGCUUCGAGCAAGUUAAGAAACUUGUCGACGCCCUUGAAUCAUAUUCGUCUCACCUCGAGUCCUCUUUCCUGAUAAUCGAACUACCCCCCACUGCCCCCGGAUCAACAAUUCCCCCAAGCUUCGAUCUUUCACCUGCAUAUGUCACUUCCCUGGACUCGGAAUUCUCCCGCGUCUAUGAGGAGUAUCACCGUCGUGUUGCUUAUGUCCAAAACACAUCCGAGGAGAUCAUUAAGCUUUGGGCUGAGCUUGGAACCCCUCAGGUGCAAACCGAUCCCAACAUUGUAAAGAACUAUCGCGAGUCACCAGAGCAGCUUGGACUGCACGAGACUGACCUGGGCAACUUGAUGGCCAAGCGUGACAAGCUCCUCGAUGAGAAGAAGGGCCGCGAACGUAAGAUCAAGGAACUCCGGGCCUCCGUGGAGAGCCUUUGGGAGCGAUUCGGAGUUGAAGAGAAGGAUCGUAAAGCAUUCCUUUCUGCCAACCGUGGCUGCGGUCUCCGCACUAUCAACGAAUUUGAAGAGGAGCUGACUCGCCUCAACGAGUUGAAGAGACAGAACAUGCACUUGUUCGUCGAGGAUGCUCGCUGCCGUCUGCAGGAGCUCUGGGACAGUCUUUACUUCUCAGAAGAGGAAAUGCUUGACUUCACCCCUGCGUUCUCUGAUGUGUGCAGCGACGCCUUGCUUGAAGCCCACGAGGCCGAAAUCUCCAGACUCGAGACUCUAAAGGAGCAGCGAGCCCCUACCCUGGAAAUGAUCGAGAAGCACCGCAGCCUUUUAAGUGACCGUGAGGCACUCACAGCCUCGAGUCAAGAUGCUUCCCGUCUCAUGGGUCGCGGAAAGGGCGAAAAGCGGGAUCCUGGCAAGCUGCUACGCGAAGAGAAGUUGCGUAAGAGGAUUGCAAAGGAGCUCCCUAAGGUCGAAGUUGAGUUGCGUAAGGAACUCGAGCACUGGGAAGAUGAGUUUGGUCGACCUUUCUUGGUUCAUGGUGACCGAUACCUUGACAGCUUGACUCCUGCCGUCAACAAAGCGCCUCCUCGCUCGAAGACUCCUUCUGCCCCCCCGUCCACUAGCAGGGCCAGCGUUAUCAGACAGCAGCCGGUCUCUCGUCCUGGUAGCUCUAUGCGAGGUCCGCCUCCUCCUCGCUCUGCCACCAAGACUCCCACGGGUAGCAGACCUGUGAAGCCUAACACCAUCGGUUAUUCUGGAUCUAGAGCCGGUGCGAAGUCCCCUUCGAAACUUCCUGCUCGUGCGCCAUUAAGCAACAUGCCGCACGGUAACAAUUCGCCUGAUCGUCGCACUGGUCCGGGUGCCUACUCGGUCAGCACUAUCAAUGGCAAGAUGCCUCCGCCCCGAGGACCGCCACCUAGAAUGCGUGCCUUGACCGUGGAGUCCAAGGAGCGCAGCAGCUACUCCCUAGAUGUCCCGCGCGAGAUCCCGCGCUGCAAUAGCGCCAUGUCUACUGCCUUCGUCCGGCCUGUCAGCCCUGAAGACGUGUAUGACGAUCGUCAGCGCUCUUUUAUGAGUGCCUCUGUCAUGUCUAACUCUCGGUCGACGGGAUUCUCUCAUUCCUCUCACUCCUCAAUGUCAUCCUUGAACUCUUCUAUGCAAGGGUAUCCUCGCGCCAACCCAUAUUUGCAGCAUGCCCCGCCUCCACCAGCUCUCCGUCAACCCUCCAAUGCUUCCAACUCUUCGACUGUCAACACUGCCACUUCCGGUUCAGAGAACUGGGAGACUUUCGAUGAUGCCUCUGAGUCUGAGGUUGAUGCCAGCGACGUCUACUACUCCAAAUUGCGAGCUGCUCAUGGCAAGCGAUUCGCGCCAGAUGAUAAUAUGGAUCUUUACGGAAAGAAGGCCAAGGGAAUUCGCAGCGUGAGCCCUGACGGGCCACAUCCAGGCCAGGUCCUCCGUGUCGCCGGCAGUGACACGGAGUGGACCGAUGAUUUUGAGUCUUACUGA